GUUUGACUUAAGAUCUAGAGAAAUUAUUAGAUAUAAAAAAAGACAUCUUAUCUAGAUUCUAGAUCUAGAGGCUAACUUAGUAGAGGAUAAUAAAAAAAAAUUAUAUUAUUACCGUUUAGAACUUUAGAUCUGGCAUGUUAUGAUAAUAAAUGUGUAACAUUUACUUCUGAUUGCAGAAAAUCCAGUGAAGAUUAUUUUUGUACAUUAGAUAUUUUUUUAAAGAUAUAUUUGAACAUCCUGUACAUUUAAGUGUAAUCUCACAAACUCAUGCAUAUACUGCAUAGAUAUUUUCAUUCAUAUGGAGUCAAAAACAUUUUUCGGCUGAUCUUUAGAAGGCCUGAGACUUUACUAACAAAUAUGGCAGCAUUCAGUCAAGGUAACACUGCCAGGCAGAAGAGUUUGAUAGCAGUCUGUCAGAUGACUGCCACAUCUCAGAAAAAUGACAAUGUACAGACAAUUUUAAAUCUAGUAUCCAAAGCAAGUGCAAUGGGAGCACAGAUGGUAUUUCUCCCUGAAGCAUGUGAUUAUAUUGGAGAAUCAAAAGAACAGUCUUUAGAUCUGUCAGAACCUAUAACAGGUACAUUUCUACAAGAGAUGAAAACAGCAGCAGUACAAAAUAAAGUCUGGCUUUCUAUAGGUGGAUACCACCAAAAGGGUCCAGAUACAGAGAAAGUUCCUAAAAUCAUCAACACUCAUGUCAUCAUUGACGACCAGGGAAACAUUCAAUCUGCCUAUGGGAAAACCCAUUUAUUUGAUGUUGAUAUACCUGGCAAAGUUCGUCUGUGUGAAAGUGACAGUGUCAUUCCUGGUACUGAAAUUGUUCCACCUGUUCCAACACCCAUUGGAAGAAUUGGUCUAGCUAUUUGCUAUGAUAUGAGAUUCCCUGAGUUGGCAUUAUCUUUAGCACAACAAGGUGCGCAGAUCAUUACUUACCCCUCAGCGUUUACACAGACAACUGGCAUGGCACAUUGGGAGAGUAUCCUUCGAGCUAGAGCCAUAGAGACCCAGUGCUAUGUAGUUGCUGCAGCGCAGACAGGGAAACAUAAUGUCAAGAGGUCAUCCUAUGGCCAUGCCAUGGUAGUUGAUCCUUGGGGAGCUAUCAUAGCUCAAUGCAGUGAAGGUGUUAGUCUGUGCCUAGCUGAAAUAGAUUUGGAUUAUGUGGCCAAAGUUAGGAGUGAAAUGCCAGUCUGGCAACAUAGGAGAACAGAUUUGUAUGGAAGAGUUACUGCCCUCCAUUCAGAUUCAUCAAUUAUUUCCCCAGAAGAACAAGACAGUUAUCAAUUUGGCCAUGUCAUCAUCAAGUCCAGUCAAGUUUUCUACAGGACACUUUUAUCCCUAGCUUUUGUAAACAUCAAGCCAGUAUUGCCUGGUCAUGUCCUUGUAGCCCCAAUCCGUCCUGUUGAAAGGCUUUCAGAUUUAAGCCCAGCUGAAGUAACUGACCUGUUUAUGACUGUCCAGCAAGUUGUGAACACUGUGAAACAAUGUUUUGAUGUACCCUCCUCCACUAUAGCUGUACAAGAUGGGGUAGGAGCUGGACAAACAGUGAAGCAUGUUCAUGUCCAUGUGGUGCCAAGAAAACAAGGGGACUUAACCAACAAUGAUGACAUUUAUGAUCAUUUAGAAAAUCAUGAUAAGUGUUGGAGUGAGACUAGAACUGUUCAGUCAGAACAAGACAUGGCCACACAGUCUCAAAGACUCAGACUUUGUAUAUACCCUUCACCUUAAGACUGACCACUAGGAUGGUAGAGUGAACUAGUGUUAGUGAAAAGUUUCUUUAAAGGCUUUUCAAAACUUAAAACUAUAAUAUUAAAUACAUGAUGUUUUGGCUGUGACAUGUACUUUUUACUUGUGUUAAUGUGUUGACAACUAUGAGCAGUUGAUGCUGCCAAUGGUAGCAGUAGCUCAUAACCUAUUUUAUGAUGACCACUUCUGUUGCCAUUUUUUUAUAGCAAAUUUUAUGAAAAUCUUCUUUGUCGUUUAUAUUUAUUUAUAUUUUAAGUUUUCCAUAUAUUAGAUGGGACAAUAUAUUGUGUAUUAUUAUUAUUAUGAUUUACCACAACCCUUUCCCUAAGUCCUGCAUUCAAGAUCAUUACUUUUGUUGCUCUAUCAUCAACAAGAAAUACAUAUUUUUUAAAAUUGUUCAACAGUCAAAUCUAUAUAAUAUAAUGUAUAAAGCACAAUGUAAGGAGUAUGAAUUGUUACUUACAGAAAUCAAAUCCAUUUGACCAAUCAUGAUAAAAUUUGGCAGGAAUUUUCCUUAGAUCAUGGCGACACCACAGUGUAUGCUUAAUGUUUCAACAAGAAGGCCAUAAAAAUAAUAAUAAUAAAAAAACAAAACAAAAAAAAACAAAAACUGAAUUAUCUCUUUUGAAGAAUGAAACCUUUUAACAAAUCGGGUAAACCUAUUUUCACAGUUUCAUGUGAAAAUUAAAAAGUGUUCAAGGGACAUCUCACCAUGUUUCUCAGAGAUCUAAAUCCAGAUCAGCGAUGCACAAACUAAGACACACGAUCUGGCUAGUAAAUAUAUAUUAUAUAUAUGUAGUAAAUAGACAAGUAAAGAAUGAACUAGCUUUUCCAAUGUCAUAAAAUCAGUAUUGGUCCAGUCAUAAGUUGUGUAGCAGCUAGAUUUAUAUAGUCCAGUGAUACAUAUCUUUAUACAGUUCAGCUAAACUUGUAGGUUUUUUAUAUCCCUGUGAUAGGUCACAGAUAUUUAGUGUGUGAUUCUUGCACAAUGUUUCAAUGAGGCAAAUAUUAUUUAUUUAGAUUUAUGUUGAAAAAGUACAUUUGACAGUGUUUUGAUACAAGUAAAAUAAACUGCUGUUUUGAGUGUA